CCCGGGCUGGGGCUCCUCCGGCCAUGCCGCGGGGCUGAGCAUGCAGGGAAGGCCGGAGCUGCCCCUUGAGGCUGCUGCGCCCUUUCCCGGGACCCCCCCGAGCCCCCCGCGGGCCUUCCUCGGGGCAUGCCCGACCGGGCGACUAUGUCCCAGCAGCCCUCCAUGAGUUUCCUCCUGGUCCCCAUCCCGGAAUACCCGCUCCUGGAGUGCGCGCCCAACAAAGUCAUCAAGCUGGUGGUGCUGGGGGGCAGCGGCGUGGGGAAGACCGCCCUCAUCGUGAGGUUUCUCACCAAGAGGUUCAUCGGAGACUACGAAGCCAAUACGGGCGCUUUAUACUCCAGGAAAUUCACCAUCGAUGGGGAGCAGAUUUCCUUACAAGUCCAGGACACGCCCUUCGUUUCCCUGGAGGUAUAA